AGAGAGAGAGAGAGAGAGAGAGAGAGAGAGAGAGAGAGAGAGAGAGAGAGAGAGAGAGAGAGAGAGAGAGGAAGAAGGAGGAGGAGGAGGAGAAAAAGAGAAACAAAGAGACAGAAAAAGAAAGAAAAACGAAGGAACGAAGGAAACAAAGAAAAAGGAAGGAAGAGAGCAAAAAAGAAAAGAAAAUCACUGUAAAUGCAGCUCUCUCUACCAGGGAUUAACUAUAAGUUAAUAGUGAAGUGAGUAUAGCCUCCCUGUCUGUAGCUUCCAAGUGUUUCCGUGGGGCUGCUGUCUAAUGCUGAAGGAGAGCAUUUGCCCUUCCUUUCAUUCCCAACAACCUGUCACAAAGUAGAAUGUAAAACCGAGGUCCCUCCGCUUUCUCAAAGCCAUAUUCCUUUAAGAUGAUGUAAUAGUCAUUUCCCUGGAUGGUUUCUUGCCUGCACUGCUGAAACAACAGCAUCUGAACUGCACUGGGAACUGUGGAGCCACCCAGCUCAGCAGACAGAGCCGCGGAGGGAGAGAGUCAGCCAAACAACUCAUCCACCUUAGCCAGCCUGCCUUCUCUCUUGCUGCAGGCUGGCCCUCUCACAACCUUGCUGGUAACAUGGGAGCCUAUUUGCCCUUGCUGGCAGGUAGGAUGACUGUCUGGGAUCUUAUCAAAACAAGGCUGGCUUUCUUUCUGAUUCUAGGGUUUUUGGAAAUUCUGUGAGCCAAGAUUCCUCCUGCAACUCCCAUUUUACGGAUUAUUAUUCUUAUUUUUAGGGAGAGGUUUUGGUUAACUGUUACUGUUUUGCUUUCUCUCUUUCCCUUCCCCAUUUCCCACCACCGUCAGUCAACUUUCUGUGACUUGUUUUAACUUGAGAUUCGAAGUGGAUUUUUCUUUUCAGCAAAGAGAAUAUCUCUUGGCACUUUUUUAAAAAUUGAUAUCUCUGUUCUUUUUCUGAUCGGGAUUUUAUAUGAACUGGACUCAGUGUAGCUGUAUAUUCUGAUUGCUUUGCAAAUGGGUAUACCUUCACAAGAACUGGGUCUCAGACUCUCACUAAGAAUACAUUGGAGAAAAAAGGAGAUUCUUUUAAAUGUGUGGAAUCCUUCUCACUUGCUACUAAACUGAUGCAAAGGAUUAGACUAUAAUUCCACUGGAUUACAUCUUUUCAAAUUAAAUAAAAGACAAUGGCUCUGAGUGGAAAUUGCAGGAGUUACUAUCUUUCUAAAGAACAAGGGACAGUUCCCAAUUCCUUCCCAGAGGUUGUGGAACUGAAUGUUGGGGGCCAAGUUUACUUCACUCGCCAUUCCACCUUAGUAAGUAUCCCUCACUCUCUUCUUUGGAAAAUGUUUUCCCCCAAGAGAGACACUGCUAAUGACCUAGCCAAGGAUUCCAAGGGAAGGUUCUUUAUUGACAGAGAUGGAUUCUUAUUUCGCUACAUUCUGGACUAUCUCAGGGACAGGCAGGUGGUUCUGCCUGAUCACUUUCCAGAAAGGGGUAGACUGAAAAGGGAAGCUGAGUAUUUCCAGCUGCCAGAUUUGGUCAAACUCUUGACACCUGAUGAGAUCAAGCAAAGCCCAGAUGAAUACUGCCAUAGUGAUUUUGAGGAUAUGUCCCAAGGGAGUGAUACAAGAAUAUGUCCACCCUCAUCCCUACUCCCUGCUGACCGUAAGUGGGGCUUCAUAACAGUGGGGUAUAGAGGGUCAUGCACCAUGGGCCGAGAAGGUCAAGCAGAUGCCAAGUUCCGGAGGGUUCCACGGAUUUUGGUUUGUGGAAGAAUUUCCCUAGCAAAAGAGGUCUUUGGAGAAACUUUAAAUGAGAGCAGAGAUCCAGAUCGUGCUCCAGAGAGAUACACUUCCAGGUUUUAUCUGAAAUUCAAACAUCUAGAAAGGGCUUUUGAUAUGUUGUCGGAGUGUGGAUUCCACAUGGUGGCCUGUAAUUCCUCAGUGACAGCCUCUUUUGUCAAUCAGUACACAGAUGACAAGAUCUGGUCCAGCUACACUGAAUAUGUCUUCUACCGUGAGCCUUCCAGGUGGUCUUCCUCCCACUGUGACUGCUGUUGCAAAAAUGGCAAAGGUGACAAGGAAGGGGAGAGUGGCACCUCAUGCAAUGAACUCUCCACCUCUAGCUGUGACAGCCAGUCAGAAGCCAGCUCCCCGCAAGAGACUGUCAUCUGUGGGCCAGUGACUCGCCAGCCCAACAUCCAGACUCUGGACAGGCCAAUCAAGAAGGGCCCUGUGCAGCUGAUCCAGCAGUCAGAGAUGCGUCGGAAAAGCGACUUACUUCGGACUCUGACCACUGGCUCCAGGGAGUCUAACUCGAGCAAAAAAAAAGCUGUGAAGGAAAAGCUCUCUAUUGAGGAAGAGCUAGAAAAAUGCAUCCAGGAUUUUCUGAAGAUCAAAAUUCCAGAUAGGUUCCCAGAAAGGAAACAUCCUUGGCAAUCUGAACUAUUAAGAAAGUACCAUCUAUAGGAGAAGGCUGGGGGGUGGGGGAAUAACACACCUUAUCAUUUCCAAAUAAACAUCAUACACAAGAAUAUCCAUAUUUCAAAAGGAAAAAAAGUAAGAAUGUUUUAGGCCACAACAGUUCAUUGAUCUUGUACUGCCUAGUUUGCCUAGUUCACCUUCUCAUGUAAAAUCACAGGGUAAUUAAUUUUUUCCAGAUGUGGAAGCACAAUGAAAAUGCUAUUUGUAUGUGAGCUCUAGCAAACAUGCUGAAAAUGUUACACAGGAGAAAUGGUUACAGCAGCAACCAAGAAAACCUGGUGUUUACCUAAUCAAAACCAAGUGUUCCUUGUUUUCCCACCCAGUGGAAAGGGCCACUGAAUGGGGAGAUGGAGGAAAAGGGGUUUGCCUGAUGAUGUAUUUGCAAUUUUUAAUUUUGUUUUUAACUUUGUUUAUGGGGAAAAGGAAGGGACUUUUUGAACUUUUUAAUUAACUUAAACUAUGCUAUCUAGAUCAUAUUGGCUAUGUUGUUGGUACAUGUUUAUUUGUGUAUACAUGCAUAUGUGCGUGUACACAAGGACACAUAAGCAUAUAUAUUCAUGCUACAUAGAAUUCGAGGUCAGGCAAUGUCUGUGAAGUCACUUCAUUUAAUCCCUUGCCUCCUGACAGAACCUCUAUAACAAUGAAAAUACAUCUAAUUUCAAAAUGCUUUUCAAUGAAGGAUAUUUCAUAUCAUUUAUUGGGAUACCAUUCCAAUGGCGAAUGAACCUCACUAGUAGCUAACCUUUCUUUAUUUGUGAACUAAUUCCCAUGUCUACUCUGGGAUGAAAUUGUAACUCUUUUCUGUGUUGAGGAGUGGAGGGAGAAGAGCUGGAGACUAUUAUUUGUUGAAGAGCCUUUCAUACACCUGAAAACCAUUAUUAAAUCAAAAUUAAAUCAAUUUUUUGAUAAGAGAAUAGAGACCCGGUUUUCAUAUAGACUAAUUUUCCUAACCUUCAGACAUAUUUGAAGCCUUUGUACAACACUUACUUCCAGCUCUCCAUAUUUCUCUUUAGUGGUAGGACCAAAAACUAAGCAUGGCACAAUCUUCAAAGGUUUUCACUAGUGCUGAUUAUAAUAGAGAAAUUAAAAUUCAGUUCUUAUGUGCUUUAUUUUUCCUGAAUCCUCCUAACACAACAAGAUUUCUUACCUUUCUUGUGUCAUUUUUUAACUAGAGUACAACCCUGCUGACAAUUAAAAGUUACUUUGGUAUCUUUUGUUUACCCUUGAAAUACCAAGCUUUGGCUGUGUCUGUACUGCAGAAAGGAAAGCCUUAGCAAAUACCCUGUUGAUGUUACCUAUGUAGAAAGGCAAACCAAAUAACUGAAAUUCCUAAAUGGAUAUUUUGGUCCAUUUGGCUACCUAUCUGUAUUCCAGUGACUGGAUUAUUAUCAUAAAUCAAGACCACUAUGUAAAGAAGUAAUGAGUGGUAGCUCUCCUUGUAAUCUUAUUUGCUAUGGAUGUUCUUUUAUCUCUUUUUUAGGAUUGUGGUAUUGAAAUUUUUUUUGCUCUUUCUCUUAGGCACAACACAUGGAUUUCAAUGUGAACUAGAAAGAAAAUGUUAUUGUAAAUCAUUAACUAGAACCACCAAGUGAAGAACUUUAAAAAAUUGGGGGAAAUGUAUGUGUUAUGAAGGAAGGAAUUUGGAUUAAGUCAUCAGGACCAAAACAUAAUGAUUAAUGUAUUAACUCUUUCUGUUUACAUAUCUCUUCCCAAAGCUAAUUGCAUAAGAGGUUCUGCCUCAAUUUUAGUCAUCAGUAAUUGAAAGUCCCACAAGACUUGCAUUUCAAAACGGAAAGUUACAUCCAGUCAAGAUCUGUAUAGGUUUGUAUAUCCAAAAAAUAAUUCAAGAUUUUAUUUAAAGGCAUUGUGAACUACGAUGUCAACAGAAUCAUUCAUACAUUUGUUCCAUGGUGGUCAGUCAUUAGGUAUAGCUGUAUAUAAUCAGUCUACAAAUGAUUUAUUUUUUCAAUGCCAGGGAAGUCAGAUAGUCAUCUAAAUAACUGAGUUUUUAGGGAGGGGGUCAGAUUUGGGGCUAAGAAAAUUGAAAUGGGAAAGCUCAUCCCCAGGCUCACUGAUCAAAUAAUUCUCAAGGUCUCCCCAACAAUGCUGUCAAAUAAUUCUUGGCCAAAAGUGUCCAUUGAUUCUAGCACCCUUUCAAUUCAUAUCCAACUAAAUUGUCAACAAGAUACACUUUGGACCCUCAAAUAACUGGCAUGAGAUGGAGAGUUUGAAAAAUAAGCAACCCCUUACUUCUGCUGCAUACUUUUACAAAGGAAAUUAAAUAUUACUAUGUAACUUCACAUAAAAUCACAGUUUCUCUUCAUCCUAUUUGCCCAAUCAGUUCGCUAUUGCAUCUACCUGUUCACUUCUUCUUUUUAGCUUUAGAGAUAGGAAGGAAAUAGAAGGGAUAAAAAUCAUAUAAUAUAGUCUUCAAUUCAAUUUAUUAAGGGGCUACAAGGUGCAAAGUAUUUGUUUAAGAUGGUUUUGCUUGUUUAUUUAUUGUUUUACUUUUCCCUGCCUCUAGACUAUGUUCAUUCUUCAAUGUGAAUUGUCCAAGGAAACAAAACUAUUUUUGUCUUUCAGUUGUGUGAGUACUCGUUUACAAUUAAUCAUGGCACUGGGUACAAUGGUUCUUUUGGUAUGCUAAAUAUUCAUGAACAAUUAGACAACCUAGAUUAGAGCCAUCUUAUUAGCUACUUAAGAAGAGAAUCUAAGAUAAGUGGGGAAAUAUUCACAUGAGGUAGGAGUUUGCAAGUCUCCAUCCAUGCUCACUAUAGUAUAUAAAACCUCUUAGCAAGUUUUAAUUUUUCAAAAGAAUUUUAAUUACUGUUAAGGAGAGAGCUUUAUGUCAUUAUAGCCACUCUGAUCCUUUUCAUUUCCUGAUAACUAAAGUUCUGACAAAAACUAUAAGCUGAGUGAAUGAGAAAAAUUUAACUGGUGUUAUUCUGGGUAAACAGUUUGAUGCAAGGGGUGACAACGUGGCCAAAGAACUAAGUUAGUUAUAGAAUUACAAGAUUUAGAAGUAGAGGGAACCUUGGAAAUCAACUAUUCCAACCCUAUCAUUUUACAGAUAAGGAAACUGAGACCAGAUCAGCUAAGUGAUAUCCAAAGUCAUGCGAGUAAUGGUUACCAGGCCUAAAAAUUGAAAUAAGGUCCUCUGAAUUAAAAUUGAAUGAUUUUUAUCACAUACAUCAACCCUUUUAUCAUAUCCCAGUACACUGAAUUUCAGUGUUUGGGGAGGUACUAUUUCACAGAGGAGCCUUGAUCUAAAUAAGAUAUUUAUCCUCAAAUAUAUAUGAGAGAAGUAGUUUGCAAAUCUCCCAAUCUAUUAUUGAUAUCCAUCUUUUUACUAGCAAAAUGGGAAAUUGGACAGAUUUAUAGUGGGUCAUUGGGGGUGCUUGCAUUGUCAUAUCUGUAAGUUCCAACCUUGUGUUCUUUUGUGUGAUCCUCAUGUGAACAUCAGAAUUUUCCAAAAACAUGAGGCCAUUUUAUCCUUUUUAAAGCUAACUGUAGACACAACUUUUUUUACCCAAACUAUAUAGCUAGAGUAAAAUUAAUCAAAAUUUUCAUAUACUCCUGAUUUCUUUUGAAACAUAUUAUCUUUUAAGUCAUGUUUAUGCAAUAUCAAUACAACCUGCCAUUUCAGUGGUAAAAAAAAUACAAACAAAAAAAUCAAAGCAUUUUGACAUUUGUCAACAAAAUGAUCAACAGCUGAUUUAUUAACUUUCAUUUUUCAAUUGAUUAUGUUUGUUUAAGAUGGAUGUUAGUUUAUGUUUUCCCAGGGUAAUCCUUCUCAUUUAUUGCUCUUCUUUUACUUUCCUGAAUUUAAAGUUUAUGUCUGAGUUUCAUCCAUCUGUGUCAAAACAAGCUGGCUCUGGGAGAUUAUAGACAAAAAUAUAGGAUGAUUUGUAAAAUUACUAUUUACUAUUUCCCUAUCACAGUAGUAAAACCUUAUUUUUAUAUUUGGAAUUUGGAAUCUGUGAUUCCUUGGAGUCAUUCCAGCCUCCCAGCUCAGACAGUAUCAAGCAUAGUUUCAGAAUAUGGGAAAAUCUAAAAUAUUGUCAUUGUCUAUCAUUGGGUUUCACUGAUCUGGUAAACAUCAACUUUCAUGGUCUUUCAUUCCUAGGAAUUGAAAGGCUCUUUCCAUGCCUGUGAGAUAUAUGUUUUAAACAGCAAAUCAUAAAGAAAAAUGAAUGAAGGCUUUUUUUUUCUCUCUCUCUCCAUUGGUGACUUUGUGGCAGAUGGAUGUUUCUGCCAAUUUGCAUGCUGGGUUAUAGGUUUAACAAGGGCCAUUUCUCUCCUUUAAUAUCUCAGUAUUCUUGGCAUCUUGAAAUCUUGCUAACCCAAAGUUCCAAUUUAUUUAUUUUCUUUUAUAUUAUCAACAUGACACAGUUGAGAAAGAGAAUCAGAUGGAGUGUUCUUUUUACCUAGUUGGAAUGGAGUUAGAUGUCAUUUGCACAGGACUAUACAAUGAUUAAUACCUGUAGAAAAAUUAGACCAAAUGAAAUCUGCUGGAAUGGACUUGAUUUAUAUUGCCUUCAUCAUCCUGGUUUUAGAUGAAAUGGUUAUUGCUCUCCACCCCUGCUGAAAGAAAAGAGUCUUAAACUUUAAUAAUCACAGCCUUGUGAUGCGACAAGAGAGCUCAUUUGUUUGAAAUAUCUGUUUUCUCAUCUUGCCUUGCCAAUUGAAAUGGGGCCUUUUUUUUCACUGUGGCCUUCUUAGAAAGCUGUAUAUAUGAGAAGAGAUUUCAGAAUAUUUGAAAUAUUCUAAGUAAUUCAAGGAAUCUACUUGAAGUCAAAAUAUUCUUUAAUUCUAAAUAAAAGGAGCUAGAGAGGAGUAUUUCAAACAUAGAAAGAUGGUAGGUAGACUUUUUUCUAUUUCUCAUUGCAUUUUACUUAUUCCUUAAUAGAGAGAGCUCUAUCAGACACCUUUUUCUGUAUAAAGGUGAGAAGAAUAUUAGUUUAAAAAAAUAUAUGCUGUGUCAUCAGAAACCUUUCAUCUCUGGGUGGAGGGGCAAACAUCUCUAAGUGAGAUGGAGCCUAAUGAUACCUAAUUAGAAAUAAAGUUAUUACUUUUCUCAGUGACAAUUGCAUAUUCAUUUUUGGGUCCCCAGGCUUUUGUUCAGCCUGGUUCAAAGGAACAUGAAUGUGCCUUUGACAUUUAAUUAUUGAGUUGUGGAGAGUCAAGGUGAUUUCACCAAAAAAAAGUAGAACUAAAUGAAAAACAACCAAACUGACAAUGAAAUGAUCUAUGAUGCAGUAGGAGCCAAGCCAUGUUAAAUCAAUAACCCUCUGGGUCAAUGAACUUCUGAUGGGCAGCCAAUUAGACUCAAAAAGAAGAAUGAGGCUUUGAGAUGUCUGAAGACCUGAAACCAUAAAGCAAAUCCAAGACUUCAGGCAAAUACCAGUGGAAGAGCAAAAGAAUAAAUGAAUAAACCAGGGGCUAAGGAAUAUGUUUAGUGCAGUAGGAAAUGACUAUAUUGAAACACAGAAGAUGAAAUGGAGAUUGUCAGUUAUCCAGAUAUUUACCUCAAUGGAGGUGGCCAAGAGAAGAACUUUCUGUUAUGAUCAAGAAAUAUUUACUUAAAUCAAAUCUAUGUCACACAAAGUGAAGUGGAGCACUGGCAAUUAUCUGGGGAAUUUGGGCAAUCCAUCAAGAUGAAUUGACAAGAAAAUUCACCUAUUUCUGAUUCUGUCUACCCUAUUCUGUCCUUGAACUCCCUAGGUAAUCCACACACACUGCCUCAAUUCUCUGGCCCAUUGCCAAAUCUCAACUUCUCUGGGCUAUGUAAAUCUGGCUAUUGGCAGCUCCUAAAGCUUUGGUUGAGAUUUGAUUUGUUUAUUGGGUAAAGGAUUUCAGGCUCCCAGACUAUCUGCCUCAUUCCAUUUAGUAAUUCACUCUCAUAAAAAAUGAGAAGGGAAAAAAAUGGCCUGAACUAGUGACUCUCCGGAUCAUCCCAGAGGGGUGAUUUUCCUGUUAAUCAAUCUGACAUAAACACUCCUAAUGCCAGCCAGAGGAUUUAGUAACUCUUGACUCUUCAGCUACCUCCUCUGUCUUGUCAAUUUAAUCUUAGUGCUGACCUUUUGCUAAUUUACAUGCUUAUAUGCCUUAUAAAUCAACAGAUUUCCAGGUUCUUUCCCCAUUAGUAGCAGAACUCAGGAUAAAGAAAAGUAAUUGAAAGCAAUUGUUUCUAGACCGCAGAUGAGUGAGUUGGUAUACACCUGGAACUAGGUAUGUCUUAUGUACUAUUGAUAGGCAUGUGUUGUAGAUAUGACCUGAUCCACAGUAGGGAAAGCAUAAAUGAAAGAAUCAGUACUCUAUUAUGAAAAAGGAUCAUUGGCUAGUAUAAAAAAUCUCCCAUGUCUUAGUUAUGGAUAUAAGUGCAUGAAAGCAUUGACUUAACUCAGUCUCUGGUGUAAAAUGCAAAAUAAGGAAUAUUCAGAUACAUUCUCAUCUACUUAUGGGUCUAAUGGUCAAUUAAGUUGUUUAAACAACCAUUUCUAUUACUGAGGUUAAAAAAAGAUCCCUAUUAAUUCCUUUAUGAAUUGGUUUCCACUGAUGCAAAAAGUAUAGGAUGUUUGGUUUGUUAAUCACAAACAGAUUGACCAUUUGCAAUGCCCAUUCAUAUAGAUUUUUUAAAAAAUCCUUUCUCACUGGAUGCAUUAGCAAACAUGCCUAUAAUCCCUGCUUACUGGGAAAGCAGAGGCUCAUUGAUUAUGUGAGCUCAGGUUUUCUGAGCUUCAGUGGAGCUAAAGUUAAGAGAAUGCCUGCAUUGUCUGGCACUAAUAUCCUGAGCUCCUAAGAGUGGAACUGAGACUACCUAAGGAGAGUCAAACCAACCCAUAUUACAUAUAGCCCAAGUCAAAGUUCACAUGCCAAUCAGGAGUGGGAUUAGACCUGUGAGUGGCUAUUGUACUUCCAGCCUGAGCAAGAUACGGUAACUCUUUCUAAAAAUAAAUAAAUCUCUUUUCUAUUCUGUGUGAGUGUGUCUGUGUGUCUGUGAAUGUAGGUGUGUCUGUGUGUCUGUGCACAGUUGUGGAUUGCCACUCACUAACCAAGGUGUAGUUCCUGUCCGUCUCAUAGAGAAAAGGGAGAAGAUGCAGAAGUAAUAUGGGUAGUAGGGGGUAAGAGAAUUGUAUUUCAUUCAAACUGUCAACAUUCUAACAGGAGCACAAAAAUGAAUUUUUUUUUUUGACAAGAAAUACUUAGGAAGUCUUUUCAUUCCACAUGACCCUUUCAAAAAUAUUUCUCAGGCUAAACAAGAUUCAACAGCAAGGUGCUUUCAAAAGCUCAAUGGAAUAAGAGGAAAUGCAUGAAACAGAAAUAACAAAGGGCAGAGAAUUUAGAUUUCACAGCUGGAUCUCAAAUGGAGUUGCUUCAGGUUGAACUUUACUGUUAUAAAGAUGCCACUGUUGUUUUGGGGUUUUUUGUUUGUUUGUUUUUUACAAUUAUUCUCUUCAACCAACAAUGUAGACAUCUCUUGCUUUUGUUUCAAAAGAAGGACAUUUCAAGGUUACCACAGGUCUGGACUGCUGAACCUCAACUUGUAUACAACUUGUACUGAUAAUAAUUCCCAUUUACCUAUCACUUUUAUUUCCUAAAAAAAAAAAAACACUUUUAACAUAAUCUCAUUUAUCAAUGUCCUUGUGACAUAAUGGACUGCCAGGCUUAUUAGUCCAAUUGUCAUUUGGGAAAGUCAAUGCCUAGAAAGAUUGAGUGAUUUCUUUGAGAUCUCACAGGGAAGCAAAAAAGAAGCAAGACCUAAAGCCAUGAUUGUCUGCCUCUCACUUCAUUCUCUGUUUUUCUAUGCUACAUUGCAGCCAGAGCAACUCCCAAGAGUUUUAUUAAUUGACUUUAAACCCUACCUCUAUUUAUUUGUUUGUUUUACAAGUUAUCUAAUCUAUUCAAAGCUUAGGUACUGAGAUGCCAGCUCAUUAUUCUUCCUUGUAUUAAUAGAACUUUUAAGCUACAGAGCUUCUUUCCUAUAUCUCCCUACCAAAGGACGGCGGUUGGGGAUGGGGAACAGGAUAGCUGAAAUAAUAAAUUGACUAGCCUUACCGGUUCCCCUUCCUAUUUUCUUUCCUCCUUCUAUUCCUUCCUUCCUUGUUAUUUAAAAUAAUUCAUAAAUACCCUUGUUACUGUCUUCACUAUUUUUUCUGCUUCAAAAUAUAGAUGUAACUUCAAAAGAAAUAUAAUUUUUAAAGUAUACACAUACCUUACAUAAACACCACCCUGAAAAAAUCUUCUCAAAAUAGUACAAUGAUAACCAAAACUGGUGAUAACUUUGUAAAAUCCUGUAAUAACAUUAUUCAGCAAAUCUAAGCAAGCAUUUGAACCCCAUUGGCAUAAACUUUUGGGGGCAUCGGUCUGUUAUUGCCUCAGUGCUGUUUAUUAUAUAUGCAUAGAGAAUGUUCCUAGGGAAUUAAGUGUCCCUCCCCCAACAUUGCUUCACCAAAAUUUAUGUAAUCUAAGGAACUGAAUAAUGAUGUCAAUGAUUCCUACUUUUUUUUCAGAAGAAAAAUGAAUCUGCACUGUGAUAUACCCAUCUCAACUCAACAAGAUUUAUGAAAUGCCUUUUAUGCAAGGUGUUGUGAAUGCAAAGGAGGAAAACCGCUUUGCCCUAAGAGGGGUAGGGAGGGAUAUAUGUGAACAGAAACAGAUAUAUGAUAAUUUGAGGAGAGAGAAAAAACACUAACAGCCAAAAGGAUCCAGAGAGACUUCCUUCAAAAAAUGACAUGAUUUGAGCCUUGAAUAAAGCACCCAUGCAUGUUCCAUGCACAUACAUACAUACACACACAUAGGGUAUGGGGUUCACAUAUUUUCCCUCAUCAAUCCAUACCUACAGUCUAUGAUAUUUAUGAGCACAAACCUAAAAAGAAAUCUGAAUAAAGGAGAACUAAACUAUUCCAAGUCCUAGAGAACGGAGCUACUUGCUUUUUAGUAGUCAUUUACAAGGGUGAUGGUAACUGCAGAAGAAUCUACUUAAUUGGAACAAUUAAUUGUGGAAGUGAACUUGGAACUCUGUUCAAGUAUAUGCAUUGGUUACUGUUUUCUUCCUGAUGUUCCCCCAACUAGUCAUUGGAUAAAUUAAGUCUUUUCAUUGUCAGUUUAUCUUUAUUACCCCCUUUAUUAUAAAUGUCUUAACAUUUCAGGUGAUUUAUGCCAAUAUAGAAACAUCCAUUGAACAUCUUUGUGAUUAUAGCCUGGAGUGGUAGAAAGCAUGGAGUAGUAGACAGAAGACAUAAUUAGAGUUAGGAAGGCGUUAGUUCAAGCUCUGACUGUCAUAUCAAUCUGGGACCCUAUCAAGUCACUUAUCCUUCAGUAACCCAGAAAAUUCUUUAAGAUUGAAAGUAAUAGAUGAGAUGUGAGUGACUAUAUGUUGCUGGAAGGAAUUUUCACCCUGGGAAAGCCUUACACUGAUGAAAUCACAGAUCCAUGUUUCCUCUUCCCCUCCUCUAUUCAAGAAUUGUUAUUGUAAAGAAACAAACAAUUGUAAAUAAAUAAAUAUACAUCAUGUAUAUAAAUAUAGAAGCACAAGGGCACCUUGUAUUAACAACUCAGAGAUGCUUUAUUUGACCCCUAAGGAUAUCCCUGUCUACAAAAUACCAAAAGAGCUGGCCAAAGCAGCUAAAGAUCCAAUUAAUUUCCCCAAAAAUACAGUUGUUUUGUUUUGUUUAGACAAACCAACCAGUUUAUUUUCACUUUUCAAUUACUUACCUUGCAUGAAUGCGAUACAUAUGGUGAAUUUUCCAGAGCACUUUGCUUGACAUACCAUUGGAGUGCAAGAAGCUCAAUUUCUAAGGAAACCCUAUGCAAAUGAAGUGUCUUCUUUCAGGUACUCCUUGGGGUUAAUUCAAAAUACAAGUCUACACAGAGAACCUCAGACAAGCACAAAGUUCAGCUGAUUGCCUUUUCAUGGGCUUGUACCUUCCAUGUUACUGUCAGGUUGUACCAUAACCCAGAAAAAAAAUUUGCAAAUUGGUAUAACCAUUUGCAAAACUCUACUCCUCCUCCUCAAAAAAAAAAAUGACAUUAAAAGUGUAGGAGAAUUGAGUUUAGUGAGUAUGAAAUGUUCUAAUCAAAGGAAAAGAAGUUUUGGGGAAAUAGUUUUUGUUUUUUUGUUUUUUUCAAAAAGUUGGCACAGGAUAUAAACUUUCAUUUCCCUUUGGUUGUCCCAUUGCCCAUUUUAUUUAUUCAUCUUUUCCCCCAAAAGGAAAACAAUAGAUUCAAGUAUGUUGUUCUUACAGGAGGAUUUAGCCAAGGAAAACAGAAAAGAAAAAAGAAAAAUAGCUCCUGUCCCCAGGAAAUUAUCUUUCAUAGUGCUGCAUUUCUUUAUGUGUUUAAUUGAAGGCCUUAUGGAAUCAGGACAGAUGAAUGAUAAGAGCCUUCAUUGCAUUAUUUGAUCCCCAAAAUAGCAAAUUUAACAACAGUCUCCUAAAAAAUAAUAUGAAAAAAAUAUAUAAAUUAUAUGAUUCAUGCCCAAAUUUAUGUCCCAUGCUUCUAAGUGGAGUUUGCUUCAAAAAAGGUUACCUAGCAUUACUGUAAUGCUAUUGAUGGACCUCAACUUUUUUUUUAAUACUUUGAUUUUGAAAAUCAACAAAUCUCAAUGCUUGAUAAAAACACUUCAGAGGCCAGAAAAAAAUAAACAAGAAUUCUAAAAAGUUUGAACUUUGGUUCUUGGUCAAAUGGCUGUCUCUCUACCAUGCCAUAUUCAGCCAAAACUUGGAUUACUUUUUUUUUUCAAUUUUACCAAGUUUUUGAAUGCUUAGUCUUUUAAAAAGAAAUCACUGUCACUUCCAAUUGCUUCCCCUUGCCUCUCAUCUCUAACAGAACCUUGCCAUUUAUUUUCCUGUAUUUACUAAACAUGAAUAUGUAAAUACAUACAUGUGUAUAUAUUCACAUAUAUGCAUGUAUGUAAUCAAAUUGACUCCUGGCCAAAUAUAAUGCAAAAUAAUAGAACUGAAUCUAUUUUUAAAGACAAAGACCAUAUUGAUUAAGUAAUAUGGAGAUACACCAAUGCAAUUUGCCCAUGAUUAUUGAACUUUUCUGUCCAUCUGUCACUGAUUUCUUUGACGGUUGUGCUAUUUUCACCCUGGGCACAGGUUUCUGAAUUUCAUUGGUAACUUCACUGAGUGGUGAUCUCUAGGGAGGCCUUGUUCAUGUUACUUUCUCUGACCUCACUUAAGCACUGGAUGACUUAGCCUAUGCUGGGUCAAUUUGUUGCACAUUGAUGUAUACCAAGUGACACCCACUGAAUUACCUCUUCUCCUUUCCUAAUGUUGCUCACUUGUACAUAAGUGUAAUGUCAAAUUGUUUACAGGUUCUCUUGUGUGUAAUUGUGGAUGCAUUUCUAAUGCAAACUGUCAAAGGAAUCCGUUUUCCUGGAAGGCAUUAAAAUUGAACGUGCUUAUUACAGUAUAGACAUCACCAAUUGUGGACUCACUCAAAUGCAUGUCUUCAUGUUGUCAGUCCCCAGAAGUGGAGCAGUUAUUUGGGAAUUGUCUUCAGUCUGUGAAUAACAAAUAUACACAACUACUGUGACUCUAAUUACUCAGUAACUGUUUUUACUGUGGUAUGUAACACUGUAGCUUUUAGCCUGCUGUAUUUCCUUCCUACCUAUUUGUUCCUAAGAGAAAAGUGUGAUUAAAAAAAUAGUAACACCCUUUAUCCCAAUGGAAUUGCACACAGGAUGGGUGAUCAUUGGUCCAACAAGAAAGCAAUCUGCCUUUUACUGAACCAAUGGCUCUAAGCGGUAUAUAAAUAUAUACAUAACUAUGUAUAUAAUAUCUACAAUUCCAGUUAUUACCAUUCCAUCCUACCCCUCAUUUCCAAUGGAAAAAAAUCUACUAUUUUGUUUAGAAUUGCUGAUAGAUCAUGAGAAGACUCAUUUGCUAUUAUUAACAAUUUCCAUAUCCUGUUUAGUUAUUAAUUAUAGUAUGGUAAAUGAUACAGAUAUGGUAUCAGUAUUGUGAAAAUGUGUGGUUGAAACUACAAAAUGCAUUUGUGGAUAUAUUCUAAAGGACAGACCAGAAGCUGUCUCUUCUCACUGAAAUAUAUUACAGAAUAUCUUGUGAAUAUAAUUACAGAAAUUGGUAACUAUUUUUGUGUCCUUCCAUUUACAAUUCCAUUUCAUAUACAUUGUAAUUUACCACUAAUCAUAAUAAAUCAUUUGGUAACA